GAAAGUAUUGCGACUAGAAUUAAUGAAGGGCAGGGUAAAAACUUCCAGGGACAUCAUUGUAAAGAAAAAUUCAGGAAACUUGUUCAGAAAUAUAAUGCGAUAUGUGAAUAUAUAAAUGGAAGUCGAACAGCUCGACGGAGUAGGAGAAGUACUUCACCCGCGCCUUCUAUUGAGGAGGUUGAACAAAUACUAAGCCAAAGAUUAUCUAGCCGGAGGAAUCAAAGCAAUCAAAGGAGUCGUAGACAUUCAGAACCUCCACAUCGUAAUUCAUCUCAUCUAUCCAACCACCAUCUUAUGAUGUCGCUACUGGCAAUCAACCAUCAAAUAGUGCAGAUAAUG